UUUUCCUCUGCUCAUUUACUAAGCAUGGACUUUUUUCUUUUUUUUGUUGCAAUUAUACAGCUGCUGUGUGAUCCUGGUCACGCAUGCGUGGGGCACUAUCUAAAAAUGAACAUCCAAUUCAAUGCCAUGUAAUGGGGAGGACUGAUGUGUGCCGGUGUUAUUAUCCCUCCGCCUGGACUGGUGCUGAGAGGAGAGCACAUCUAGGAGAGCAGCAUGAAGCGGCUGUUGCACAGGGAGUGGGCUGCUGCGGCUCUCCUGUCUCUCUGAUCCUGAUCUUCCUGGAAAAGAUGGGUCUGUAGGAGCUCAGAGCCCCCAGGUUGAAACCGAUGAGUCGCAAAGUGAUCGUGGAUAUGUUUUCUGAUCAGAAUUUCCAGUCAAAUGGCAGCAAUGGAACGUAACACACUGUGCGACGUACUAACAUGCUUUGAGAAAGUCUUCUGCUUUCACAACAAUGGUUUUUUCAGCAAUGCCAGCUCAUCCGGUCACCUCUUAUAGCACACAUAUGGUCUACGAAAAUGGUUACACGAACCUAACAACGCCUCAGCCUACAUUUCGCGGUAACUUGGAUCUACUGCCAAAGUAUAGUCCAGUUGCCAUGACUACAACUGAGAUUAGUCCUUUACAAGUGAAUGCUUCUACAACUCCAUCAGCGCAAGAUGUAGCCAGCACUUUGAGUUUACCCAUUCAGAUCAUACUUUCUUCUGUAAUGAUAAUUAUACUUUUACUUUCCUUCCUUGGGAACUUUGUAGUGUGUCUCAUGGUCUACCAGAAAGCUGCUAUGCGAUCAGCGAUUAACAUAUUGCUUGCCAGCCUGGCUUUUGCCGACUUGUUGCUUUCUAUCCUGAACAUGCCCUUUGCUUUAGUGACCAUUAUCAUCACCGAAUGGAUUUUUGGUGAUAUUUUCUGCCGAGUUUCGGCCAUGUUCUUCUGGUUGUUUGUGAUGGAAGGUGUUGCCAUCUUGCUCAUAAUAAGCAUAGACCGAUUUCUCAUCAUUGUUCAAAAACAAGACAAACUCAAUCCUUACCGCGCAAAGAUCCUCAUUGUGAUUUCAUGGGCCACCUCUUUGUGUGUAGCCUUUCCACUAGCCAUUGGGAACCCACCCUUACAAAUACCCUCCCGAGCACCCCAGUGUGUAUUCGGCUACACCACAAAUGCUGGUUACAAAGCUUAUGUGAUUCUAUUGGUUUUAAUUUUCUUUUUUAUUCCUUUCAUGGUGAUGCUGUACGCUUUCAUGGGCAUAUUAAACACUGUGCGCCACAAUGCAGUUCGUAUACAUAGCCAUCCAGACAGCAUAUGCCUCAGCCAGGCUAGCAAGUUAGGUCUUAUGAGCCUCCAACGGCCUUUUCAAAUGAACAUUGACAUCAGCUUUAAAACUCGUGCCUUCACUACCAUUUUAAUUUUGUUUGUAGUCUUUAUAGUCUGCUGGGCGCCCUUCACUACUUACAGCCUUGUUGCUACAUUUAACAGUAACUUCUAUAACAAGCACAACUUUUUUGAGAUUAGCACAUGGCUACUUUGGCUAUGCUACCUCAAGUCUGCACUAAAUCCAAUAAUCUACUACUGGAGAAUAAAAAAGUUUCGUGACGCAUGCUUGGAUCUCAUGCCCAAGUACUUUAAGUUUUUACCACAAUUACCUGGUCACACAAAGAGACGAAUCCGGCCUAGUGCCAUAUACGUAUGUGGAGAACACCGAUCUGUAGUGUGAAAAUAUUUAGAAGUUCAUUCUUAAGGGGACUGCCAUGAACUUUACCAUUUGUAUAUGAACUAUUUCCUCUGUGCAAAAUGUGAUGAAUAAAAAUCUCUGCCAGGAAGCAAUGUAAAUUUAAAAAAAAAAAAAAAAAAAAAACAUGUUACCUCUAGGAUUUAAAGAAAAUCCUUAUUUGAGAAAUACGUUGUCAGGUUUAUGCUUACCAGGCCUGUCUUUCCUGUAAUCACAGGCACUUUGUAUGCUGCUAAAAUUUAUUGGAUGUGUUAUUUUGUUUUCUUCUGAAUCAAAUGUUUUGCUGCUUUUUGCUAUAAUAGUUGAGCCAAAAAAGUUAUGUAGCUGAGAUUUA